UAAAUAAAAUGAUUUUGAUGAAACCUCACGGAAUAUGUCACCGUACGUGAUUGCGACUGAAGGUGCCGAUUCCAAAAAGCUUCAUUGAGUCAUAGUGACUCAUUUACACUCUUCAGUUUCUUUACUGAAUUUACCCUAUUCAUAUUUUCGAAAUUUCAAACUCGGGGCACCGCAGUUCACUCAUUCACGAAAUCAUGUAUCAACCAACAAGCAACAGCAGCAACCAGCAAUUGGUUCAUACCACGCCAGUGUCUCUCCAAGGGACCUCGGCAUCAGUGCCAAUGGAUCUGAGUGAAAGCUCCAUGGACACAAACCACAAUGUCCAAAAUGGAGACUUUAUAAAAGCGGAAAAUAUCAUCAAGCACUCCCAGAAACUACAAGGGGAUCUGCAUACUUUUGGGAUGAAAAUUAAGCAGCAUGAGGACAGACUGGGUCUUUUGAACACGGAAAAAGCCAAAUUAGACGACUCCAUUAUUCAUUUGCAAGGUGCUAUUGGGAAAUCAAAGUCUUCAAGCACUAAUGGAGAGGAUACCCGCAGUACAACUGAGGAGGAGGUACAUAAACAGAUAUUGCAGCAUGAAAAAUCUGCUGCUGGUGUUUUGUGCCUGUUGAAGACUCGUCAUGGAGCCCAUGCUUCUUUUGUUACACUAACAAAGGAUGUUUUAGGUAUUGUUCCUAUGCUGGGAAGAGUUGAGGAUGACAAUCUCAGCAGACUUUUCUCAGAGUAUCUUGGAGUGGAGACUAUGUUGGCAAUUGUUUGUAAAACUUAUGAAGGAGUUAAAGCUAUCGAAAUGUAUGACAAGGAAGGCUGGAUAAACAAAAGUAGCGGUCUUCAUGGGCUAGGUGCAACUAUUGGAAGGGCUUUGGACGGGCGAUUUUUAGUCAUAUGUCUUGAAUCUCUAAGGCCUUAUGCUGGUAAAUACGUGGUUGAUGAUCCACACAGGAAGUUGGACAUUUUAAACCCAAGAUUGCCCAAUGGGGAGUGUCCGGCUGGAUUUCUUGGGUUUGCUGUGAAUAUGAUUAAUAUAGACACCGAGAACCUGUUUUGUGUAACUCCGAGUGGUUUUGGCCUCAGAGAAACUCUGUUUUACAAUCUCUUUUCUCGUCUACAAGUAUAUAAGACUAGGGCUGAAAUGAUACAAGCACUUCCUUUGAUAACUGACGGAGCUAUUUCUUUAGAUGGAGGAAUCAUUAGGAGUUGUGGUGUAUAUUCCUUGGGUAAUAGGGAAGAUGUUAAUGUAAGAUUCCCCAGACCAGAAAGAUCAGCGGGGCUUGAUGAGCAGGUUGAAAUUGAGAGGCAAAUGAAGGACGCCCAGUGGAAGAAGGAAAAUAUUUUGGACGAUAUAAAAAGGGAAAUGACAUUGUUGGACAUAGCAAAGCACAAUUUCAACAAAAAGAAGAGUGAUUUUCUUAAGUAUUUGGCUUCAAGUUCAUCAUAUGCAAUCCAGGUUCAGAAUGCGGUUCAGAAUGCUCCUUCGGUGCCUCGAUGAUGAAAUUAAGAUAGAUGGGAAAGCUAUGAAGGACAUAGAAGAUGUUUACCCAAAUGUAUAUGACAACUGUUUUUUGGGUUUCUCUAAUUAUUUCUGCUAGACCAACACACAUGUUUCUCUGGGAAACCGGUAAAAUACUUCUGCUAUGAAAAAGGUUCUGAUAGAAAACAUUCAAUUUUUCGUGAUCUUGCUAAGGUUAAGUGAUCCUGAUAAUUUGUGAA